AUACGUUCGUAUGCAUACACUCACUUACUAUUCAUAUACAAUCAUUAAUUUUUAUAUAUAGAGAGCAAGAGACGUGUAUGUGUGAAGUUGAAGUUGUUCGUUCUUAAGUAUAUCAGUUCAUUUUCAAUUUUCGGUUUGAUAUGUUGUAUGAAUACGGAUUCUAAUAACAUACUUGUUUACAUUCAUAUGUACGUAACAAUUAUAAUAUUCAUUACACACAUACAGCUAUUUACAGUGCAUGUACACACACCCAUACACAUAUAUAUGCUCAAACACAAAAAUAUUUACCUACCUAAAAAUUACUUCAAUUUGUACACUCAAAAUAUCUAAUUAAAAAUACAUUUGAAUUUGUGCAUAUGAAAUUGUUAUUGCUAGAAGAGAAAAAAAAAACAAGUGCAACAAGUUACGUACAUAGGAAGUGAAAGAAAACUAAUACAUAUAAUUAAACGAAUGUGAUGAUUUCCCUUUUUUGCAUAAACAUACAUAUAUAAAUGUAUGUAUGUAUGUAAAUGUGUACAUGUAUGCAACUCCAUAGCUGAACCUGCUAUUUUUAAAAUUUGUUCAGUGCUGUUUUAUAAACAUUUGGGCGUUUUGUCUUGAUAUAGCAAGCUAAAUUAUAUAUAUAUUUAUGUAUAUAUAUAGUUUGUAAUGCGGAGAUCCGUCCUUUCCUUGCUUUGUGAUUAAUUAAACAGUAUGCCAUAUUUUCAAAAUAUAUAAACCAUCAAGAUGAACAACAAUCAUAACAAUCAUAACAAUAACUCUAUGGACAACACAUGCGAUCAAGAUUAUACGGAAUUUCUCAAUGAAUAUCUGUUGCACACAAAUUUAGCAUGCAACGAACCGGAAAUACAUUACGAAGAUGGAGAAAUGGAAGCAGAGUGGUUAAUUUCAGCUGGAUAUCCAGAAUUGACACGACCCUUUGAACAGGGCAUUGAGCUGCGUUCCACAGAUCUUGAGCCCGUGUUAGCCACACUAUCAAGACCUCAUGCCGAGGCGAUCAAGCAGCGCGUGCGAGCGCUCAAUCAUACUGUCAGAGGACGUAGUAAAAACCGAUCAAAACGUAAACCUGACAUACGUGACGUCUUUCGCGAUUUUGACGAGUCCAGUACGGGAACUAGAUCCCGAAGUGCCACACCAGAUUCAUUAGAUUCCGUACACGGUGACGAAGUUUGGGGCAAUGCCUCAAUUCCAAGUUUUGUAAGCAUUUCGGACCACAGUACAGCAAAUUAUAAUGCCAACGCAUUUCCUUCGGUCAACAAGCAUUUAAAGCAGAAAAUACGCCGAACUCCAAGUGCUCCGCUAAAAAGUGCCACGUCCACGGAUUUGUUUCGCGGCUCGCAAGUGCGCUGCGAUAUACCCAUGUAUACAUCAGAAGGUAUAGAGUUGCUUGGAUUUUCGCGUAUUGGCACGCUGCACAUACCACGUAAUCGUUCUGGUUCUGAUCCAUCUUGUUCUAUUGGACGAGUUUGUGGACAAAAUAUACCGGAUUCGCAGAGUGAAAACAAUACUUCAUCUGGUGAUUCCAGCGACGAGUUUCUUCCAAGCACAGCGCCAAUGUCAUCGGCAUUGUCCUCACCUGAGAAGAUACUAAACAAAAUAAACCUGGAUUCUACUCAGCAAAAGUUACACAGCAGCUCUCCGUCAGCAAGAGAGGGCAUCAGCUUUGAAAAUAUGUGCCGAGAAAAUUCUAGUCAGGAUGGCAUUGACACCGUAGACAGCAAUAAUGUCAGCUUACAAGAAUACACCUCCGACAUCAGUACAAUAAGUGAAACGGAGCUGAAACGUUUACAGCCAAUAUUUUGGCUAGAGCUAGCCACAGUCUUUGAUCGCAAUCAGGUUUCGCUAGACAAGCGAAAACCAUUCAAAAGACGUCGCAAGGAGGAGGGCAGCCUGUUUGGAGUUUCAUUAAAUGCACUUAUACGGCGUGACCAGCAAAUAUCUGGCAUGGACUCAACAUUAGUACCUCGAUUUCUCGAGGGUCUACUGGAAGAGCUAAUUAAACGAGGGGCACGAGAGGAGGGCAUUUUGCGUGUGGCUGGACAAAAACAUAAGACUGAAUUAAUUUACAACGAAUUAGAAUCAAGUUUUUAUCAAAAGCCAGAAAAAUUCGCACAGUUGCUUAGCAAUGCAAGCGUACAUGAACUAAGUGCAUUGCUUAAGCGUUGGUUACGCGAACUGCCCCAGCCAUUGCUGACAAGCGAACUUAUACAACUUUUCUAUCAAUGUCACACAUUACCCCCAGCGGACCAAAUACGUGCAUUAUCUAUUUUAUGCCAGAUGCUUCCACACGAAAACCGCAACACUCUGCGUUCCAUUUUACGCUUUCUCAACAUAAUUAUCGAUUUGAAAGAUUUCAAUAAGAUGAAUUUACAUAAUGUAUCCACGAUAAUUGCUCCAUCAUUUUUUCCGCCACGCUAUAUACAUCCGAUCGAUAAGAAUUGCAUUGCAGAACAAGUGAAAAUGGCUGCAUUGUGCUGUCGCUUAACGAACGUUCUGAUUACACGGGGCGAGAGCUUGUUUCAGGUUUCUGAUAAUCUCAUUGCGGAGUCACGUAACCAAAAAGUUCGUCAGGGUAAACGUGGUCAUCGACGGGCAAUUAAAACUCCUUUAGUCCAUGCGAGAGCGACGCCUGGUCCUACCACUGAAAUUGAUAUUUCUAGGAAUAGUAAUAGCGAGGGUCACCGUCCAUCCUUUAAUCCAAGUCAUGUGCAUCGUUUCGUGGUCUAAGCUGAAGCGGAAAGGUCAACGCGUGCUACGUCUAUUUCAAGUUUCUUUUUUUUUAUAAUUAAUAUUGAAUAUACUACUGUAAGUCCGUAUUGCAUUGCUUACAUUAGUUCUUUUACACAAAUUUCUUCAGAAAGGUCAAGUUUAUUUUGAAUACCAUGCAAAUGUUCAGUAUCUAUGAAUUGAAUACUAAAAUUAUUAUUUUUUUAAGUUUGACUCAGAAUUAAUUAAUCUUCUAUCCUUAAUAUAACGUGUCACGAAAAUAAUUCAUUAAUUAUGUUCAAAUAAUUAUGGUUAUGUUGUUAUGAGAA